UACCAUUAUUCUGGUGGGGGGCUGGGGGACGCCGGCUGAUGACGCGCUCUGGUUGCCUCUGGCGGGUCACCCGAGGUCAGCGCUAGGGAAUAAGGGCUCGGGUCUCCAAGUGCCUUCGGGAUAUAUACAGUUCCAGCCAUCAAACUGACUUUCUAUUUAGCCUUAAGGAUGGCUACCUGCUGACUGUACGUUGCCUUUCAACCCUCAGGCCAGCCACUGAACUAACCAGAUAUUAUUAUUAUUAUUACUUAUUUUGAAAUAAUCAACUCCCAUAUACUUUUGUUUGUUUGUUUUGGUACUGGGGAUUUAACCCAGCGGCGCUCUACUACUGAGUUACAGCCCCAGCCCUUUUUAUUUUUUAUUUUGAUAGGGUCCCCCUAAAUUGCUGAGGUUGGCCUUGACUUUGUGAUCCUCUUGUCUCAGCCUCCUGAGUUGCUGGGAUUAUAGCACCCACCUCAGAGCCAUGGUCCACGCUUUCCUCAUCCACACCUUGAGGGCCCCAAAUGCGGAGGACACAGGCCUUUGUCGAGUGCUGUACUCCUGUGUCUUUGGUGCUGAGAAGUCAACUGAUGAUCCUCGACCACAUGGUGCAGAGAGGGAUAGGCUUCUCCGCAAGGAGCAGAUUUUGGCGGUAGCCAGGCAGGUGGAGUCAAUGUGCCAGCUGCAGCAGCAGGCAUCUGGCCGACCCCCAACGGACCUGCAGUCUCCAUCCUCAGACGAGCCUGUGCCCCUGCAGGAGGCUCCACGAGGUGCUUUCCGCCUGGCAGCAGGAGACCCUUUCCAGGAGCCAAGAACUGUAGUGUGGCUGGGAGCGCUCUCGUUGGGCUUUGCCCUGGUGCUGGAUGCCCAUGAGAACUUGCUGCUGGCCGAGAGUACCAUCCGGCUUCUGGCCCGCCUGCUCCUGGACCACCUUCGCCUGCUGACCCCUGGCUCCAACCUCCUGCUGCGAGCUGACCGCAUUGAAGGCAUCCUUACCCGCUUUCUGCCCCAUGGUCAGCUGCUUUUCCUCAAUGACCACUUUGUCCAGGGUCUGGAGAAGGAAUUCAGUGCUGCCUGGCCCCGCUGACCCCUCACUGGAAUGGGGCUCGCUGAGGGGAUAGGGAAGGAAUAUAGAGAUUCCACACACAGCCAGGGGAAGCUUGGCAUUUGCCUCCUGCCUGACCUGUUUCUUGCUCUGAUGUGCUGCCAUAUCCAGGACACAUGAAUGGGACAAGCUGGCAGCAAGGGGACCAGUGUGAGGGUAGAAGUGGGACUGUGUCUAUUCUCAGGUCACCAGAAUCACAGAACAUCCUGAGCCUAGAACUGCCAGCAUGUGACUUACUCAGACCACUGCAUUAUGUAUGUCAGACCUAACCUAGACUCUGCCUUCCUAAAGCCCCACUAGCCACUAGUGCUGGGGGGUUAGGGGGCGCUGCCUAAAACAGCACACCUUCUCCUUCCAAAGCCUCAGUCAUUGCAGACUCCCUUCAUGGUGGGGGCGGCUAGGCCCACAACCUGGCAGGCCCUGGCCCCUACCUUUGCAAAUACUUAAGCAACAUCAUUGGAGAUUUUGUUAGCAAGGGCAUCCUCUCCAGCUAGCUCCACCUCAGUUCAGAAACACUGUUCAGCAGGGCAUCCUGUAGCCCCUUGUGUGCCAAGCCCUAGCAGAUCAGGUAGGGUUAAGAUGCAGCAUUUGGGAAGUCUGCGCUGGUUGACCUUGUCUUUCUCAUUUUGUAUUAAAAGUGCUGGUUGUGUGA